UGUAUCUGGGCCUGGCCCAAUUAAAACCAGCCAGCCCAAUUUCAUUGCUCGAGAAGACAAACGCAGGGCUGAGACCGGCGGUGAUUGAGCUUUGUUAUUCUUGCUUGCCCUCACGGACGAAAAUCUCGGCGAAGUAAAAGAUGGGUAUCGAAAUUUGUGGAAGAAUAGACAAAGUAAAUGGAAAAGGGUUGAGUUAUAAGGAAUUUGUAGAACGAUACAUGGAGAAGAACCAACCUGUGGUGUUGACAGGUCUCAUGGAUGAUUGGAAGGCUUGCAGCGAUUGGGUCGACGAGAAUAGGCAGCCAAAUCUAGGGUUCUUUUCCACUCAUUUCGGGAAAUCCAGGGUACAGGUUGCAGAUUGCAGUACUAGAGAAUUUACAGAUCAGAAGAGAGUAGAAAUGUCUGUUUCAGAGUUCAUUGAUCAAUGGUGUAAGGAGCCUAUACAGGAGCAUGGCCUUGCCUCAGACCACGGACUUACAAACAAGUCUGUACUAUACUUGAAGGACUGGCAUUUUGUGAAGGAAUACCCAAAUUAUACAGCAUACUCAACUCCACACUUCGUUUGUGAUGACUGGCUCAACCUGUACCUUGACAGUUACCGUAUGCACAGGGACUCUGACUCUUACCAAGAGAAAGAUGAAAUAAGUUGUUCUGACUAUCGUUUUGUUUACAUGGGAGCAAAAGGUUCUUGGACUCCACUUCAUGCUGACGUUUUCAGGUCAUACAGCUGGUCAGCAAAUGUUUGUGGAAAGAAACAAUGGUUUCUUUUACCUCCUUCUCAGUCUCAUCUUGUAUUUGACAGGAAUAUGAAGGCCUGCAUAUACAAUAUCUUUGAUGAUAUAAGUGAAGAUUUGUUUCCAGGUUUUAAGAAGGUAAGUUUGAUUCCAUAUGUUCAACCUCUUCUCCUUCUAUCUCUUGAAUAUAUCAUCUUUUUCCAUGUUCAUUUGUUUAUCAUUAUGCAGGCUGCCUGGUUGGAGUGUACUCAAGAACAGAACGAAAUUAUAUUUGUGCCUAGUGGCUGGUAUCAUCAAGUUCAUAAUCUGGAUGACACUGUAUCAAUAAACCACAAUUGGUUUAACUCCUACAACCUCUGUUGGGUGUUGGACUUGAUGUCACGGGACUACAACGAAGCUAAGGAGUACAUAGAAGACAUUAGAGAUAUAUGUGAUGAUUUUGAAGGUCUCUGUCAGCGCAAUCUCGCAGCUAACACAGGCAUGAACUUCUACGACUUUUUCAUCUUCUUAGCAUGCUUUUCGCUCGCCAAUUUGGUUGUACUUGACACUCUAGCUAGAGACACCGAAAAUGUUGCUGGGAGCUCAUCUCCAAUGGUUCAACAGUUGGCUCAGAAUCUUGCUUCAAUACAGAAGAUUGCCUUGAAAAUGAAAUUCCUGGAAUGUUUUUCAGAAGACCAAGGAUUCGUGUUGGAUUUAGAAGAAACACACAAAGAUCCCAACUUUUCUAAACUCUGUUAUUCUUUAAUUCAAACUUGUGGGUCCAUACACAAACAACAGAUUUCGAACUUUUGUACGAAGGCAAUUGCAACACAUGAUUCUAGGACAUCGAAUGUCAUUCAAAACUUUUGUGAUGGUGUUUCAUCGCCUGAAGAUCUAGUCAAAUUUAUCGACACGGUCUUAACCAAACACACAAACUUAGAAUCACCAGAAUGAUUGUUUUCAAACAUGCACAACUGAUUCUCAAGCUAGUUGUUAGUAGAAGAGUGUGGUUCAUCUUCAUCUAUCAGGCAUUUGAGAAAUGAGAAAUAUGAUGAAUCCCAUUGGUAAUGGUCCUCCUGGCAUUGAAGUGACAAAUCUUGCGUACAGAUUCUCUUUCUCUCUCAUGAUUGGAUAGUCGCAGUGAUUCAAAGAAAGGGAGGAAAAACAGAGGUUAGUAGUCAGUGGUUUGAUUUGAAAGUGACCCCAGUGGUGGAUCAGAUUGUGGGAGCACCCACCUAAGAUCACCAUCUUUUAUGGGCCUUUGCUUUUUCCCUGAUCUGUCCCCAUAAAAGUGUUGUUUCCUUUGCUUUUGUUGGUAAAGUAAACUGUAUUAUUGUAUGCUUUUUCAGUCCAGGCCACCACACAAAGAUGAGUGUCUGUGUUUAAAGUUGGCGGCACCAAGCAGUGGCGUCCAUUUCACUCUUCUCAUUCACCUCAACCUCCCUGUUCUCCAUUACCACUGUUCUUCAUUCCCUCUCAUCUCUUGUUUUCUUUCGAAGAAUCUGUAUUGAACAAAUCCUUGGAACUGUUUUUAAGUAGUUUGUGAAUGUGAGAUUUCUGUUAUUUGUUUGUCUAA